UUUAUCAUCAACAAUCAAGGUAGCAUUGUUUCAUUCUCACUGAGAGACGCGUCCUUGCUUUGACUUUCUUUGCUCACCGGCUCCGGACAGCAAAGCAGUCAACAGCCUCACAACACCGUACAUCCCUAUACUAACGGUUCGUAGGGACUGCCUAAUUAUGGGAGGAGUUCCAAACACGAGCGGUCUCAUUGCCAAGGGCAUUCUUUGGUGUCUGCUAUUUUUCCUGGGAUAUAUGGAAGUAAAAGCAACGGAAUACAUUGCUCCAAGUUUAGAAUGCAGGAUGAGCUUUAACCUUACUGAGCUGGAGAACAAAACAGUCUACGAAUAUCACAGCUACACGAACAGCUCUAAGCCAGGGACCAUUUUGGCCCUCCUCGGCAAGCGCGCCAACAGCUCGUCGAAAGAAGAGAUUGCAUCUAUGUAUAAUAUCUCUACGGGAUGCUUGGCAUACUUGGAAUUCACACUGCCCGAGGUCGCUCUGUUUCUGCUAAAUACAUCUCAGUUUAAAGAUAUCACAUUCGAGGAUGUUGUCCAAAGUGUGUUUGUCUUUGAGGUGGAGACUAUUUUACGAAAAAUUUUUGCCUGGCAAGAAGCCUUCAACACUUUCGGGGUCAAAGGGAAUGAAACGCUGGAAGAACUAGCCUCGAUACGGAAAGUGAGCUUGGAUACAACACCCAUUCUGAAGCUGUUCUUGCUUUUCGUAAAUAACGACAACGUUGAGUAUCUUUCUGGGGUUUUGCAAAUCAGUUUGUCAGCUUUUGAAUUUCUCAACCGGACCGCGGAAGAACUCGGGACCAUCCUGGCUGUGCCUGAUGCAGAUGAAGUGAGACACUACUCCUUUCUUCGCUUGAUAAAGAUUGCGGUGCUAGGUCAAGAUUAUGUCAGUGGGCUUCAAAUGAGAAUCCAUAUAGUGCGGCACUCGUUGGAUGUUUGGGUGAGCAAAAUUAAGGAUGACCUGGAUAAUAUGACAACUGUAUUGGAUCUGGUCCGUUCCAAAAUUCCAAUGAACUUACAUUACCUAACUGCAUUUCUGAUAGACGUGACCCCGAGAGACUUGGAUCUCUUAAAAAUAACCUUACAAGAGUUUGCAGAAUUGUUGAAUAAGACAGUUAUGAAGUUUUACGAUUACAAAUUGUAUCCACAACUUGUAACGUUCAUCGUGAAGACGAGGAAAAACGUUUUUGAACUUAAUAGAGAGGCGAUGGAGGAGGCUAAACGUGAGGUACGGAAAAUAUUGAUGUCGUACAAUGUCACCGCUGAAGUCCUGAUUGAGUUUUUCAAUUUGACUGAGAUCAUCUUUCAUGACCUGAGUCCCCUCAGAAUUGAGGUCCUCUGCGCAAGAUACACUUUAGUACGUUAUGCAAACAAUUUAAAUAUGACCCUGGCUGAAGUCGCAGACAAACUCAAUAAAACCGAAGCUGAAUUGUCCUAUAAUCUAACCGUUCAAGAAUUUCACGUGGUGAUUCGCAAACUGCUGAUAAUUCGCACGUUUGAAGCCAUGAGUCAGAUGUUGGGCGUAAGCCAGCACUUUUUGGUGAAUUCUCUUGACAUUCAAGUCCCGAUUUCGUAUCUGUCCAUGUGUCAACUUGAUUCCUUCCUUACUAAGACUAGACAAUCUGUGUUGGACUUAAAUGAAGUACUAAGCAACAAGACCUUGGCGUUUGUGUGCCAGAUCAAUGCCGUGCACGUUACCACCGUCUACAAAUUCACAAUUGAGCGAUUUAUCAUCGAAAUUCUGCACCUCGAUAUUCGCUACUUUUUUUCUCUCAAUGGCUUAACCUACUCGUCAGACAACUUGGAAAUAGUCCGAAAAUAUCAUUUCUUUGAAUUGGAGCACUUGUUUCAGUUACGCGGCGAUGAUCCCAUGUACAGCUUUGUUAUAUUCCGUCACUCUCUGGUUUGGAUCAUCAAGCAUAUCAUCUAUCUAAAGAAGACAGACAUAAACGAGUGCCGCCAAAACUCAGACCGUUGUCCUUCCCAUUCGCUGUGCGUUAACCUUCCUGGAACAUACGAGUGCCACUGUCCCAAAAAUGGAUAUCGUGGAAGAUACUGUGCUGACAUAGACGAAUGCAAAGAGGGUUGUUUCACAUGCCCAGACAAUGCCGAAUGCAAAAACCUUCUUGGUUCAUAUGAAUGCCGGUGCGCAAAAGGAUUUCGCCACAAUGCCGACAAUAACACUUGUGACGAUUUUGACGAGUGUGAGAAGUUUUAUGACAACAGUUGCUUAUUCAAUGCAGAAUGCAUAAAUACCCCAGGAUCUUACUACUGUAGAUGUCCAGAUGGAUACAAAUAUGACGAUCGUAAAAAAAGAUGCAAAGACAUUAACGAAUGUGAAGAGGACCGCCAUAUUUGCCGUAGGAUUGAUAAAAAUGCAGAGUGCGAGAACAAAUAUCCAGGAUUUGAGUGCAACUGUCGACCAGGUUUUGAGGCUGUUUACAACAAUAGUGUGGAUCCGAAAGUUCUGUUUAAUUGUACAGAUAUCGACGAAUGUGCCAGAGGCAAUGCGAUAUGCCCUUUGAACUCUGAGUGCAUCAACACCAUUGGUGGAGCUAACUGCCGUUGUUUUCCUGGUUUCGAGAAAAGAAAUGGCAGAUGCAGAGCUAAGCGAUUUAUCAUCGUUAUAUUGAUAUGGGUUCAGCCGAUCAGAUAUCGUCGUGUUCCAACCCAUAUCGAGGUGGCCAGCGGAUUCCCUUUCUUUGGCGAACUGUACAAGAACAUUUAUAUUUACCAUAAUGGCUUAAUUUCUAUUGGCAAGCGCUAUUACCGUUCUGAACCGAAGAGGCUGACCAGCCUGAAAAAGAAUGUCAUUGCUGUAUUUUGGGCCAAUACAGAUAUAGUUACCUCAACCACAAGUAUCACUUACCAAGUUGUGGACCGCAGCACAUCGGAAUUCAGAGAGCAACUGGACAAUACCUCGGCUCUGCUGAAAAACUGCUCAGGGCUUACCGAGUUCAACGCAACAUGGAUGUUGGUGGUAACGUGGGAGAGAGUUUCACCUUUCGCACGGUUUAGAAGUUUUUUGUCUCUCUUCAAUCCAUACACCAAUGAGGAAAGCUCUUAUCAGGCUGUUCUCAUCACCAAUGGAACCUCCUCGUACGUUAUCUACAGUUACGAAGACGGUGGAAUGAACUGGAAUCGAAGGCUACGACGAAAGUGCGCUGUUGGUUACGCUACGAAGGACAAAAAGUACAGCUUUGAGGACGAAGACUCCUUUGGUGAAAAUAUCUUCCAGAUCGAUUCUAAAGAAUUCGAUGUCGACGGAAUUAAAACUCGUGGGAAAUUCUGCAAAUCUUUAAAUGCCCCAGAUGAGCCUAUAGAGUUAACAAACGAACAGAAGUGUAUGAACUGGUACAAUGAAGAGCCUGACCCCGAAGACUGGCUUGAAGAACUGACCGACUGUCCCGCAACUUUUAGAUCUGCGCGCCAGGACAACCGUUACAGGAGAAUGAGCUCAUCUGCUGGUAGUCGUGGUGCAAGAAUUGACUGUUACGAGCUUAGAUUUCCCACAACGGAGUUCGGUGCGAGUCAUCAGUGCUGUUAUCUCGCUCGUGGAGAAAGAGGAAGAAGAAGUGGAAGAGGUGCGUUUGUUUCAAAGCCGCCUCAAGCUGGAAGAGCUUACAGAUAUCAUUUUCGCAAUCGAGCCAUGAGGCAGAAAGGUGACAUCGAACCGUUUGAGGUUUGCUGCGGCGAAGGAGAGUCACUAUGCAAUUUGUUUUACGAGAAGCGACCGCUGACUACCGCUGCCAGUGCCUCCGAAUUUCCGCAGCGGUGCUCGUGCAGUCGAUUGGCGGGCGGCUGUCGUCGGAGACCAUGCCGACCACGCCGUCCCCGAAUUCCUUGGCUACGAAUUGUUAUCGUUAGCUUCUGGGGAGACCCGCACUUGCUUACGCUUGACGGCUUUCAGUACACCUUCAACGGCCUCGGAGAUUAUGUAUUGGUUCGGACGCGGGAUCGUUCGCUUCACCUUCACGCCAGGACAAAAAGGCCAACAACGACCGAGGGAGGACUGAGUAACGCGACUGUCAUAUCGGCUCUCGCUUUCAAAACCAAAGACAGUGACAAAGGGCAGAUUGUGUUUGACGACUCUGUCCCUGGCAACCUCAGCUUUACCAUCACAGGAAUGGACGGUUCCUGUGAGAAUUUCACCAUUGCUGAUUUUGACGAGGGUAAAGAUUUCACAGGAAUGUCGAUCGAGAGAAGUACCAUCAACAACAAAACUGCCAUCAUAUCGUUCCCGUCAGGCCUUUCGAUCGAGGUGUCCCCAGGCUUAGAACUUCUUCAACUGAGUGUCAAAGCGCCAAGCGAUAUGAUGAACAAAACCGAGGGACUGCUGGGAAAUUUCAAUGGCGACAAGACAGAUGAACUGAUAUAUCCCAAUGGUACUAUGAUACCGAGUAAUUCUACAGAGCAAGAGAUAUUUUCUUUGGGACAACAAUGGGUUGUUCCACAUGACGAAAGAUUAUUUGUAUCCUCCAACUGUACACUACAGAAUGUGUCGUUUGACGAUAUGUUUGUUCCUGCCUUCUUGAACCUGUCUGCUGUUACGGAUAAGAUCAGAGCGAUCUGUGGGGACAACAGAGAAUGCAUCUUUGAUGUAAUGCAAACUGGUAACAAAGAGCUUGGACAGGAGACCAAAGGAUUUGAAGAAGAAGCCGAGGCUGCCAAAGCAGAAUUAGAAAACACUCCUCCGAAUAUUACAGGACCAGUUGAAAUCAGCGUAACUGUGAAUCAGAUGACGAAAUUUAACCUAAGCGUGUUCGAUACUGACAACGAUGACGUCACGCUGGAGGUUGAAGAACUACCUGAGGGGGCAUCUUUCACUUUUAACGCUUCAGAAAAUGUCGGCCAUUUCGUUUGGACGCCUGUCAAUGCGUCUAACAUCACGUUAGAAUUUGUUGCCACGGACUCCAAAAAUGACACAUCUGUUCAUCCCGUUGUAAUCAACAUGUGUAGGUGUGAGAACAAUGGAACUUGCGACUUCACGGAAUUUGUUGGAGAUGACAAUGGCGCCUUUCGCAUUGUGGGAUGUAACUGCAGUGAUGAAUUCGAGGGUGACUUCUGUGAGAUGGAGGUACUUGACGCAUGUGCAGAUGAUCCCUGCGCCGAUAACGUGACUUGCAAUACCACAAGGAACCCAUUCGGGUUUAAAUGUGGGCCCUGUCCUGCAGGUUUAACCGGCGAUGGUGAAGACUGCUUCGAAUUUGACGAAUGUGCAAAUGAAAGUCUAAGCCAGUGCAACCAGACCUGUGUGAAUACGUUUGGUAGUUUUCGAUGUGAAUGCAAACAAGGUUAUACAUCACGUGAGGAAGGAAGAAUCUGUGAAGAUAUAAACGAAUGCCAAGAUGCAGGCAACCUUAACAACUGUUCGGAGAAUGCAUUAUGCACCAACUUACCAGGUGCAUAUAACUGUACGUGUCACCCUGGCUUUGAAGGUGAUCCAAUGAAAAACUGUACAGAUAUUGAUGAGUGCACUAACGGUGUGGCACAGUGCUCUCAUAUAUGUCAUAACAAGCCAGGAUCCUUUGAAUGUUCCUGUUUAGAUGGAUUCAAACUUGCCGCUGAUAACCAAACCUGUGAUGAUAUAAACGAAUGCGAGGGCAGCCAUAAUUGUGAACAUAUGUGCGACAAUCGCAUUGGAUCCUACAUCUGCAAAUGCCCGCCUGGUUUUGAACUGAAUGCGGAUAACGUCACGUGCAAAGUGGCAGAGGCCAGCGCAUGUGACGCAACAAAUGGCGGCUGCUCCGAUACCUGCGUGAACAGAACAGGAGAGAUCACGUGUUUUUGCAAUGCUGGUUACAAUCUCACAGCUGAUGGAAAGACGUGUGAAGAUAUCAACGAGUGCAUGAUGGGAAACCAUGGCUGUAGCGUCAAGUGUCUCAAUACUAACGGUAGCUUUACCUGUGGAUGUUACCCGGGAUACGCCUUAGCCGGAGAUAUGAAAUCUUGCAGAGACGUGAAUGAGUGUGAUACUCCCAGCCUUAACAACUGCGGCCAAGUUUGUGAGAACAAUAAUGGAUCUUUCACGUGUUCCUGUGAUGAUGGUUUCACCCUUGAAUCUGACAACAAGACCUGCUCAGAUGUUAACGAGUGUACCGCCAGCAGCACACCUUGCAAUGCUGGUGUCUGUACCAACCAGCCUGGCACAUUCCAAUGUGUGUGCCCGCCUCCGACAUUUUAUUCUAAUGGCGAAUGUAGAGAUGUACGUGUAUUCGUUUUUGUUGUGACAUUGAUUCGAGUGAACACCAAGACAGUUGUGUGGCAGGAAGACCUGGGAAAUCCUGAAACAGUCGCAUUUGGUGUACUGGCCAGGAGAGUCGAGCUACAGAUAGACGACCACUACAGGCGCAAAAGCAGGUUCACCAAAAAAUUUGUAAAAGCUAAAGUCAAAAGAUUCAGGAAAGGAAGUGUUCUCGCCGAUGUUGACCUUACUUUUGCUGAUGAUGCGACGGAUGUAACACCAGACGCUCUGAAAAGUGACUUGCCCACAUCAGGGGAGAUGGGAAAUAUGAGCUACAAUCCAUCGAACGCUGCAGUCGGAGAUUUUAAUGAAUGUGAUGACAAAGCAACGCAUAAUUGCCAUAUCCAUGCCACAUGCAUCAACAAACCAGGCUCAUUUGAAUGCAGGUGUAAGGAGAAAUACAGCGGAGACGGAGUAAAGAAUUGUGAAUAUUCUCCGGAACCUGCAGAUGACCCAGAUGACAACAAGAAUAAGAAACUUGGAAUCAUAUUUGGCGCUAUCUUCGGCCUUGUAGUCCUCCUCAUCAUUGUUGGAUUAUUCUUCCACCUCCGAUAUAAACGGUACGAAGCAGAUCUUGAGGAUAAAAACAACACGAGCUUCACUACACGCUCCGUUAAUUCGGGUGUCACUUUCCCUGAGAAUUCGAAGGAAGACAGCAAAAGAACAGGCUCCUAUGAGCUUCAAUCUCGGCAAAUGUACGCAAGCCUGAGCCCGCAAUCCCGCACAAGUGGGGACUACGACUACCCAGACCCGCAACCCACGGGAACCCGAGAGAGCUUCCCUUACUACGACAAUCCAGGGCUGCAGAGGGAUCAUGCGCAGUAAA